AGGCGAGUCACCGAGAAUUACUUCUGUCUCCCCUCACCACCACCACCACCACCUCCUCCACGUCCUCUUCCAAGGGCUCCUGCGACUCUCCCACCUCCUCCCGGCUGGCAGGGGACAUGGGAACGCGCAGCGCCCUCGAUGCCUGAGGCCGGGCGGCCGCGGGGCUGUCUGCGGGAAGCGCUUCCCUCCCGGGGCUCGCCGUCCAUGUGCCCGCAGCCGGCGGGGCCUGGAGUCGGGAUGAAUUUCGGCGUGGUCUUCGCGUUCAUCCUCUCGCUGCCCCUGGCCCGCAUGGAGGGGGACCCCAUACCCGAAGACAUUUAUGAGAUUUUGGGUGGCAGCUCAGUGCGCUCCAUCAGUGACCUCCAGCGUGCCCUGCGGAUAGACUCCGUAGAGCAGGACAGCUCGAGCCUGAGCCUGAAUGCAUCUCAGCCUGAUCAAAACCCUGUGGCCCUGUCUCGAGAGCGACGAAGCCUAGAUGCUCUGGCAGCAGCAGAGACAGCUGUCCUGGCCGAGUGCAAGACACGGGAGGUGGUCUUCGAAAUCUCCCGCAACAUGGUGGACAGCACCAACGCCAACUUCGUGGUGUGGCCGCCCUGCGUGGAGGUGCAGCGCUGCUCCGGCUGCUGCAACAACCGCAACGUGCAGUGCCGCCCCACGCAGAUCCGCGUGCGGCACGUCCAGGUGAACAAGAUCGAAUUUGUCCAGAGGAAGCCAAAGUUCACAAAAGUCGUUGUGCCUUUGGAGGACCACGUGCAGUGUCGGUGUGAAGCCGUGUUCCGACCACCCCCCAGGAACAUCCGGCCCGGGCCACGUGAACAGAGACGCUUGUCCCCGGCGUUCACCACAGCCGCUGUCUCACAGAGGCGGCGAGUGCGCCGGCCGCCGGCACAGAAGAGGAAACAUAAGAAGUACAAGCAUGUCAACGAUAAGAAAGUGCUGAAAGAAAUCCUCAUAGCAUAGAAGUGCUGGCAGGGGAGAGAGAGCACAAGGCAGGUUUAUUUAAUAUAUUUGCUGUAUAGCCCCCAUGGGGUCCUCGGAAUGAUAACUUUUCCUCUCUGUCCAUCUGCCUCGACGUCUGAUUCAGACGGCAAUUGGUGCUUCCCUUUCCAUCAGUGGACCUUCUCCCACCAAAGCCUCCCUUUCAUUUAUUAGCCUCAUUUUAAAGUUUAACACACACACACACACAAAAGGACAAGGAUGACCUACAUAUAUAUAUAUAUAUAUAUAUAUGAGAGAAGAACAAA